ACCGCCUCCGCCACAGCCCCGGCGCGGCGCGGCGCCGGCUGCGCGCCUGCAUGAGGUUGAUGCUGCUGUGCUGCACCUGGAGGGACGAGCCUAUGGGAGAGGACGAAGGGAGCGACCUGCCGGUGUGUGCGAGCUGUGGGCAGGGCAUCUACGAUGGGCAGUACCUGCAGGCUCUGAAGGCUGACUGGCAUGCCGACUGCUUCAGGUGUUGUGAGUGCGGGGCCUCCCUGUCCCACCAGUACUACGAGAAGGAUGGGCGCCUGUACUGCAAGAAGGAUUACUGGGCACGCUUCGGGGAGCUGUGCCACGGCUGCUCCGAGCAGAUCACCAAGGGGCUGGUCAUGGUGGCCGGGGAGCAGAAGUAUCACCCCGAGUGCUUCAGCUGCCUCAACUGCCGCGCCUUCAUCGGGGACGGGGACACGUACGCGCUGGUGGAGCGCUCCAAGCUCUACUGCGGCCACUGCUACUACCAGAUGGUGGUGACGCCGGUGAUCGAGCAGAUCCUGCCGGACUCGCCGGCCUCCCGCAUCCCUCACACCGUCACCCUCGUGUCCAUCCCCGCCUGCUCCGACGGCAAGCGCGGCUUCUCCGUCUCCAUCGACCAGGGCUGCGGCACCGAGCACCCGCGCACCGUGCGCGUCCGAGAGGUAGACCCGGACUGCAUCAGCCCUGACAUGAAGAACUCCAUCCACGUUGGUGACCGCAUCCUGGAGAUCAAUGGAACCCCUAUUGGCCACGUCCCCCUGGAUGAGAUCGACCUGCUGAUCCAGGAGACGAGCCGCCUGCUGCAGCUAACCAUCGAGCACGACCCCCACGAGCCCCUGGGCCAGGAGCCAGGGCUGGCAGGCAGCCCCCUGCCCGCCCUGUGCAGCCCCCUGCGCUCGCCAGCCCCCGUGCCCUGCGGGGACCCCGCUGCCAUGCGCCAGCGCGCUGUCACGAGGAGCUGCAGCACGGACAAGUCCCCGGGCUCGGGCUCCGUGGGCUCUCCCGCGUCGCAGCGCAAGGACAUCGGGCGUUCCGAGUCCCUGCGCGUCGUGUCCCGCGCCCACCGCAUCUUCCGCCCCUCGGACCUCAUCCAUGGGGAGGUGCUGGGCAAGGGCUGCUUUGGCCAGGCCAUCAAGGUGACGCAUCGGGAGACGGGCGAGGUGAUGGUCAUGAAGGAGCUGAUUCGCUUUGAUGAGGAGACCCAGAGGACCUUCCUCAAAGAGGUGAAGGUGAUGCGCUGCCUGGAGCACCCCAACGUGCUCAAGUUCAUUGGAGUGCUCUAUAAGGAGAAGAGGCUCAACUUCAUCACAGAGUACAUCAAAGGGGGCACUUUAAGGAGCCUCAUCAAGAGCAUGGACAGCCACUACCCCUGGAGCCAGCGGGUCAGCUUUGCCAAGGACAUCGCUGCUGGCAUGGCCUACCUCCACUCCAUGAACAUCAUCCACCGCGACCUCAACUCUCACAACUGCCUCGUGCGGGAGAACAAGAGUGUGGUGGUGGCUGACUUCGGGCUGGCGCGGCUGAUGGUGGAUGAGAAGAACCAGCCCGAACAUCUCAAGAACCUGAAGAAACCGGACCGCAAGAAACGCUACACGGUGGUGGGGAACCCCUACUGGAUGGCCCCCGAGAUGAUCAAUGGGAGGAGCUAUGAUGAGAAGGUGGACAUCUUCUCCUUCGGCAUCGUCCUGUGCGAGAUCAUCGGCCGGGUGAGCGCCGACCCCGAUUACCUGCCCCGCACCACCGACUUCGGCCUCAACGUCCGGGGCUUCCUGGAGCGCUACUGCCCCCCCGCCUGCCCCCCCAGCUUCUUCCCCAUCGCCGUCUGCUGCUGCGACCUGGACCCCGAGAAGCGGCCGUCCUUCGCCAAGCUGGAGCAGUGGCUGGAGACGCUGCGCAUGCACCUGGAGAUCCACCUGCCGCUGAGCUCGCAGCUGGAGCAGCUGGACCGAGCCUUCGGGGAGGCGCACCGGCGGGAGGGGGCGCUGCCCGCGGCCCCGCGGUAGAGCCCCCGCCCGCGCCCCUCCGCAGCCACGGGAGACGGAGCUGCGCUCGCCACCAGCCGCUCCUGGGGCUGCCUCCCCCCGGGGCUGGAUCCCCGGGCCCCCGGAUGGCCCCCGUCCCGCUGCCCACCCCGGGGAGCUGGCUCUCCCCGGGGCCGCAUGGCCCUGGGCACCCCCACGCCGUAGCUCUGAGCGCCGGGACCAGCCCGGCUGGCCGCACCGCGGGGACCGUCCCCGUGUCCCCACCCCGGCUCACCUCCCCUUUGCACAGCGGGGCUGCCCCGGACGGUGC